CAGACAUCCAGCUGACUCCCACCACGUUGUUUUUUGUUUGUUUUUUAAAUGUUUGUUUGUUUCUUUUAUACAUAUAUAUUCUCGAGUAGAACAGACCGGGGACAUUAUACAACAGCAUGUCGGCAGCGAAGAUGUUGUUCCACAGACUCCUCUUGUGCUUUUCCGUAACAGGUAUCGUUUUCGCGGUACACGACAGCACUGGAUUAUUUUACGCACUCAGAUCUGAACUAUCAGAAGAUGCUAUUUUGGUGGCAAACAACGGAAUACGCGUGCCUUUCGGGAGAUCAGUGUUUAUCGAUCCCAUCAAUGAUUUGGUGAUUCAGACCCAGCCGGGAGACCGCUGCAGCAUCACCGUGCUGGAUAAUGAUCCGCUCUCACAGAGACCGGGACAUCUUUUCCCCAAAAAGUUUCCUUGUGAUUUCGGUCCCAGUGAUGUGACAUAUUCCCAUUACGGCUCGAGGAGUCCAACUAAAGACAGAGUGCGGCUGCAGCUCAGGUAUGACGCCCAAACUGAAACUGUUAUUAUCCCAUUUAUGAUGGAAGUUGAGGUAGUUUUUACGCAGCUGGAGUUACUCACCAAAAACAUGCCUCUUACUGUUGAUAAUCUCAGAGAGAUCAGUAAUCCUAUCGAUAGGAAGAUUUUAGAGUUUACCUAUGACAGAGACUCUUACAAAUGUGAGGUGGCAUCCCUGUCCAGUGCCAGCACGCUGCCUAGAUACGGACAACUCAUAGAUGGAGGUAAACUUUCCACAAUGUUGGACUGUGAUGAAUUCACACGAGCUGAUAUCCGCUACCAGCACACAUUUCACCACAAGUCCCCCAACAGAGAUUAUGUUCCCAUGGUUGUUGAGCUGCAUGAUAAGGAAGGCAAUCUGGUGAAACAGGAAUAUUUUCAUCUUAUGAUUCGCAUUAAGGGGGGAGAAGAGAACACUCCCCCCAAACCCAGCUUUGUGUCCAUGAUGAUGAUGGAAGUGAGCCAGUUUGUUAUGACUGCCCUCACACCUGAUAUGCUUGCUGCUGAGGAUGCAGAGUCAGACCCAGAAGAGCUCAUUUUCAACAUCACUUCACCCUUAUCCUAUGAGGAGGGCUACAUAGUCAGCACUGAUGACAGAAACCUCCCAAUCACAUCUUUUUACCAGAGAGACCUGCGGGAUCUGAAAAUAGCGUAUGUGCCACCAUCGCUAGACUCAGACACUGAGAGGAUUUUCCAGCUUGAGUUUGAGGUGUUAGACACAGAAGGGGCCAUCUCAGACCCUUUUGCUUUCAUGAUUGUGGUGAAGCCUAUGAACACUCUGGCCCCUGUGGUGACACGUAACACAGGUCAGCUUCUGUAUGAGGGGCAGUCUCGGCCUCUUAUCAGCUCUCAUAACCUGGAGAUCAGUGAUGAGGACAACCUGGACGCUGUCACAGUCACAGUGGUGGAUGGGCUGCGGCGUGGAGAUCUCCUUGUGUUGGGAUCUCACAAGAAAUUCUUCACACCUGCAGACCUUACAGCUGGGGUUGUUGUGUACCAACAUGAUGGGAGCGACACAUACAGCGACAACAUUGUCUUCAAGAUGACAGAUGGGAAAAAUGAAGUAGAAUUCCUCUUUCCCAUUACAAUUGUUCCUACUGAUGACGAGCCACCGAUUAUCAAUGCCAACACUGGUCUGACGCUUUUCAAAAAACAAAUGAUGCCUAUAUCUCCUCUCAUGCUCAGUGCUGCCGAUAUUGACUCUGAAGACUCAACAAUUAAAUUUACGAUUGUUCCCCCUUUUUCCACAAUUGGCACAGUGUUAUUAAGACAGUCAGAUGCCCCAGAGGACCCCUCCUCUUGGAAGUUCAACUCUGAGGAAGAGGUGUACGAGAAGGAGGUGGUGGAGUGGCUUCAGAAAGACAUAACAGAUGGGAAAUUGUUUUACAGGCACACCGGUCCUCACAACACAGAUACAAUCACAGAUCAGUUUGUAUUUACAGUUCAGGACGACAAUGAUCCCCCUAAUCUAUCAGGAGAAAGUGUGUUUAUAAUUCGUGUCUUACCUAUUGAUGAUGUACCCCCUGAGCUGUUCCCUGGGACCACCCUGCGGAUGACAGUUGGGGAAUACCAGAUCACUCAUUUUAGCAAAGAAGUUCUACGAUACACUGAUUUGGACUCUGAGGACCGUGAUCUCAAGUAUACAGUUAUCCAGCCUCCAACAGAUAUAGAUGAAAACAACCCAGUUGUGUUUGGUUCUUUGGUUUUGACAGACAGACACAACACUGAAGUGACAGAGUUCACGCAAGCUCAAAUCAACCAUCACAAGAUCUCCUAUGCCCCCCCAGAUAUUGAGCUGGGAAUCACAGCCCACGUCGUGCAGUUCCGUUAUACUGUUGAAGACACAGCUGGGAACAGCGUAGAAGGUGCUUUCACUAUCUACCUGCAGCCAGUCAACAACAAACCUCCACAGAUUACAAACACAGGCUUUGGUGUGUUUGAGCGUGGCACACACAUCAUCACCAUAGCUGAGCUGGACGCCACAGACCUCGACACAGAGAGUGAGCAAAUAACCUUUGCUCUGAGCCAGUCCCCUAAACAUGGACAGAUUCAGAUUGAAUUCACUGAUCUGGAGAAAAAAGGGGUGUUUAGCCUUGAAGAUAUUUUAGAGGGGAAGAUAUCAUAUACUCAUAGUGGAGAGGAGACAUUAAGUGAUGAAUUUCAGCUGGACGUCAGUGAUGGGAUUCAUGUUGUAACUGUGACAGUAAAAGUUAAUGUUAAGCCUGUCGAUGAUGAAACGCCAACUGUUAGCCUGCCUGUGGGAACCAUCGGAUCUCAUAUGGACGUGCUGGAAAAUGGAGCCACAGAAAUUACAACUAAUGUGAUCAAUGGCCAUGAUGAUGACACAGACGAUCUCCAGCUGACAUUUAUUGUAGAGGAUUCUCCAGCUUUUGGUGAAAUAUUGGUUAAAGGAGUGCCUGCCAGUAGGUUUACACAAGCUGAUAUAAUUAACGGCGUGGUUGUGUAUGCACACACUGGUGGUGAGAUCGGCCUUACUUCUCAGCUGGAUGGAUUCAAUUUGACUCUCACAGACAUGUCUGAUGAUUGGACAGUAGGUGGAAAUAAAGUAAGUGGUGUCCAUGUUCGAGUCACUAUCCUUCCUGUUGACAAUCAGGCCCCUGAGGUUGGAGUUGGGAUUCAAUUCAGCGUCAUUGAAGGGGAGAAAUAUGCCAUCGGCCCUCAGCACUUGAAUGCUGAUGAUAAUGACACUCCAACGGAUGAUAUCCUUUGCACCAUCAUUGUCCAGCCCACCGCUGGCUAUGUUGAAAAUAUAUCCCCUGCCCCAGGCUCAGAAAAGUCAAGGUCAGGAACAGCUAUCAGUGCUUUUACAAUCAGAGACAUCAGGGAGGGAAAUAUCUACUAUGUGCAGAGCAUUCACAAAGGGGUAGAGCCAGUGGAGGAUAGGUUCACAUUUGGGUGUUCUGAUGGCAUCAGUUUCUCAGCAAACCAUUUCUUCCCAAUCAUCAUCAUCCCAGCAAAUGAUGAAAAACCUGAGAUUUACUUGAGAGAGAUAGUCGUGAUGGAGGGGAUGAACAUUGUCAUAGACACCCCGAUUCUGAAUGGAGUAGAUGCAGAUAUUCCACCUGAGGAGCUGAUGUUUAUCAUUUCCAAACCUCCCAAACAUGGUGCAAUUUUAAACCAGCUAUCCACAGGCUCAGUUUUGGUGACUAAUUUCACUUUGGAACAAAUCAGGGAGGCAUCGAGCAUUAUUUAUGAGCAUGAUGACUCAGAGACAACAGAGGACAGCUUUGAUGUCAUUCUAACGGAUGGAAAGUACUUUGUGCAGAAAACAGCUGUGGUCAUGAUCAUCCCUGUCGAUGACGAGACCCCGAGAAUGACUAUCAAUGAUGGUCUGGAGGUGGAAAUUGGAGAGACCAAAGAAAUCAACAAUAAAGUGCUCAAAGCGAUGGAUUUAGAUUCAGAUGAUAGUACGCUAACUUUUAUAAUCCGAUUUGGACCUGGUCAAGGUUUCCUGCAGAGAAAAACCCUGUCUGGGUCUCUAGAGAACAUCACAGUUGGCAUGAAUUUUACACAAGCUGAAAUCGAUGCAGGGCUUAUAUUUUACACACACAAUGGACAGGAGGGCAUCCGGGACUUGGUCAAAUUUGAUGUUACUGAUGGAAUUAACCCACUUAUUGAUCGUUACUUCUACAUCACUGUGGGCAGUAUUGACAUGGUUUUCCCAGAUGUGGUCAGUAAAGGUGUGUCUCUGAGAGAAGGUGGCAGAGUGACUUUGACCACAGAUCUACUCAGCACCACUGAUCUCAACAGCCCUGAUGAAAACUUGGUUUUUACUGUCACCCGGGCCCCUGUCAGAGGUCACUUGGAGUGUACAGACACUCCAGGGAUGCCUAUUGUAUCUUUCUCUCAGCUUCAGUUAGCUGGCAGUAAGAUUUUUUACAUUCACACCUCAGAUGAUGAGGUGAAAAUGGACAGCUUUGAGUUUGAAGUUACUGAUGGCUACAACCCUAUUUUCAGAACUUUUAGAAUCUCCAUUGUGGAUGUUGACAAUAAAAAACCUGUUGUUACUGUAAACACCCUUGUAGUCACUGAAGGGCAACUUAAGCUGAUCACACCAUUUGAGCUCAAUGCUGAAGACCAAGACACAGCCGAGAAGUUGAUCAAAUUUACCAUCACCCAGCCACCGGUUCAUGGCAAACUACUCUACAACAAGUCCACACCAGUCACCAGCUUCACAAAACAAGACCUUAAUGAAAAUCUCAUCAGCUACAAACACGAUGGAACUGAAUCAUCAGAGGACUCCUUCUCUUUUACCGUCACUGAUGGCACACACACUGACUUUUAUGUUUUCCCUGACACAGUUUUCGAGACUAGGCGCCCCCAGACUAUGAAGAUCAUCAUUGUGGCAGUUGAUAAUGGUGUCCCUCAGAUUGUGGUGAACAAAGGUGCACCAACUUUGAAGAUUUUGACCACAGGUCACCUGGGGUUCCUCAUUAGCCCCAGAGUGCUAAGGGCAGAGGACAGAGACAGCAGACCAGCAUCCCUGAAGUUCCACAUCACCGUUCAGCCCAAAUAUGGCCAUAUAGUUAACCUGGGACAUGGAAACAACUCCAUCAACACCUUCAGUCAAGCUGAUAUCGAUGACCUGAACAUCUGCUAUGUGCUGCGGAAUGAAGAGAAUGCUACAUCAGAUGUUUUCCACUUCUCUGUUGAGGAUAACAGUGGGAAUGCGUUAAAAGGCCAGCAGUUCCGUCUGGACUGGGCCUGGAUCUCUCUGGAGAGAGAGUAUUAUGUGGUGGAUGAGGAGGACAAGUUCCUGGAUGUGGUGCUCAGACGGAGAGGGUACCUCGGAGAGACGUCAUUCAUUGGCAUUGGCACCCAGGAUGGCAGUGCAAAGAAGGAUGAGGACUUCAAGGGGAAGACACAGAAGCAGAUCCAGUUCAACCCAGGGCAGACCAGAGCCACAUGGCGAGUACGGAUCCUGUCUGAUGGAAAAUAUGAGCAGGCCGAGACCUUCCAGAUUUUGCUUUCAGAGCCAGUGAUGGGAGUGAUGGAGUUCCCUGUCACUGCAACUAUUGAGAUCCUGGAUCCCAGUGAUGAGUCGACUGUAUUCUUCCCUGAACAGACCCACUCAGUAGAGGAAGAUGUUGGGGAGCUUUUCAUCCCGGUGCACCGCAGUGGAGACAUCAGCGAGGAGCUUAUGGUGGUCUGCUACACACAGCAAGGUUCUGCCACAGGAACCAUCCCAACCACUGUGCUAUCUUACUCAGACUACAUCUCCCGUCCAGAGGAGCACAGUAGCCUUCUUCGCUUUGACAAGGGUGAGAGGGAGAAGCUGUGCCGCGUGGUGAUCAUUGAUGACUCUCUGUUCGAAGAAGAAGAGAGCUUCAACGUGACUCUGUCUUUGCCUGUUGGGGGACGUCUGGGAAUGCACUACCCCACCACCAAAAUCAACAUCUUGGGAGAUGCAGAUGAUGCUCCGGUAUUUUACUUCGGGGAGGUAGAGUAUUAUGUGGAUGAGAGUGAUGGAUAUGUGGAGAUCAAAGUAUGGAGGACAGGAACUGAUCUCUCCAAGACCGGGACCGUGACCGUCCGCUCUCGCAAGGCCGAGCCUGUCUCUGCGGAGGCCGGAAUUGACUAUGUGGGCAUCAGUCAUAACUUGGACUUCGCCCCUGGUGUCAGCAUGCAGACAUUCAGGGUCACCAUUCUGGAUGAUCUAGGACAACCAGAGCUGGAGGGAACUGAGAGUUUUGAGCUAAUCCUACGAAUGCCAAUGAAUGGCAUCCUGGGAGAACCUGGAAAGUCAACAGUCUUCAUCAAUGACUCAGUGUCUGACUUACCAAAGGUCCAGUUCCGUGAGCCUGUUUACAUUGGAGAGGAAAGUGAUGGUCAGAUAAGAGCAACAGUGUACCGCAGUGGUGAUAUCAGGCACAAAUCCUCCAUUCGCUGUUACACACGUCAGGGUUCUGCACAAGUUGCCCUUGACUUUGAUGAACGACCAAACACUGAUGCAUCUAUCAUCACCUUCUUACCAGAUGAGGUGGAGAAGCCAUGUAUUCUGUCUCUGGUUGAUGACACGGUGUACGAGGAGGGCGAAGAGCUGCGGCUGGUGUUAGGCAACCCGAAGAGCAGCACACAGUUUGGCGCAUCAGUGGGCGCUCUGAAUGAGACUGUGGUGAAAAUCAAGGACACAGCUGAUAAACCCAUCAUUCGAUUUUUGGAAACCAAGUUCAGUAUUGGUGAACCAAAGGAAGCUGGCACUGUGGCAACUGUCAGGAUCCCGGUGGUGCGCGUGGGCGACACAUCGAAAGUGUCAGUGGUUCGUGUUCACACUAAAGAUGGGUCAGCUAUCUCUGGAGAGGACUACUACCCCGUGUCUCAAGAUAUUGAAUUCAAACAGGGGGAUAAGCAACACAACGUAGAGGUGGAGGUGCUAUUUGAUGGUGUCAGAGAAAUGAGGGAAGCCUUUACCCUCCAUCUCAAGCCUGAUGAAAACAUGGUGGCUGAAACUCAGAUGACUAAAGUUAUAGUUUACAUCGAGGAGUCCAACAGUAUGGCUGAUGUCACCUUCCCCUCCUUGCCUCAUGUUGUGUCUCUGCUCCAUUAUGAUGAUGUCACCAGAACAUCAGACAACCUCCAUCCACCAGCGGGCUACCCAGUCAUCUGUGUCACAGCUUGCAACACAAAAUACCCAGACUAUGACAAGACUGGCUCUAUCUGUGUCAGCGAGCACAUCAACAACACCUUGACCCGCUACCGCUGGCUCAUCAGUGCCCCCGCUAGCCAAGACGGCGUCACCAGUCCCAUGAGGGAGGUGGACUUUGACACGUUCUUUACGUCCUCCAAGAUGAUCACAUUGGAUUCAGUCUACUUCCAGGCAGGCUCCAGGGUCCAGUGUGCCGCUAGAGCUGUUAAUUCUAAUGGGGAUGAGGGUUUAGAGCUCAGCAGCUCCAUUGUCACCAUCAGCCAGGAGGAAGGCAUGUGUCAACCACGUAAGAUGGGAACUGUUGGUGCUGAACCAUUCUCUGCCAAGUUACGCUACACUGGAGCCGAUGACCCCAAACUCCCCAACCUCAUCAAAGUGACUGUCACCAUGCCUCACAUAGAUGGCAUGCUUCCAGUAAUCUCCACUCGCCCCCUCAUGAACUUUGACUUGACUCUCAGUCCUGAUGGAACCCGCAUUGGAAACCACCGCUGCUCCAACUUACUCGACUUCAGUGAGGUCACCACAGGUCACGGGUUCAUCACUGCCUCAAUGCGCAACCCUCAGAGCAUGGGAGACUCUGUGCCCUAUCAGUUCAGCGGGUCUCUGCGUGGAAACAGCACGCUACGCUUCUACAGGAACCUCAACCUGGAAGCUUGUCUCUGGGAGUUUACCAGCUACUACCACAUGUCUGAGCUGCUCACUGACUGUGGAGGGACCAUAGGGACAGACGGACAGGUGCUGAACCUGGUCCAGUCCUACGUGACCCUGCGUGUACCUCUUUAUGUGUCUUAUGUGUUCCACUCCCCCGUGGGCACUGGUGGCUGGCAGCACUUUGAUUUACAGUCAGAGCUGCGCCUCACUUUUGUUUACGACACUGCUAUUCUCUGGAGGGAUGGCAUCGGCAGCCCACCACAGGCAGAGCUACAGGGUUCAUUGUAUCCUACAAGCAUGCGUAUCAAUGAGCAAGGACGUUUGGUGGUAAACUUCCGAACCAAGGCUAACUUCAGGGGUCUGUUUGUGGAGUCUCAUUCUGCAGGCAGAUUUAAAAGAGCUGCAACCUCCAUGUCAUCCAUGGUUCUGAGUGUGGACCACCCUGGCCUGACAUUUAACCUAACCUUAGUGAGGAGUGAGCCCACCUAUAACCAACCAGUCCAGCAAUGGACCUUCAUCUCUGACUUUGCAGUGAGAGAUUAUUCUGGGACCUACACAGUGAAGCUGAUUCCCUGUACAACAGCCCAGAACCUGGAAUAUACUGUGCCACCUGUCUGCAGUCCAAGAGAGCCAGUCACGUUUGACCUUGACAUUAGAUUCCAGCAAGUGAGCGACCCAGUUGCAGUGGAAUUCAGUCUGAACACUCAGAUGUUCUUGCUGUCCAAAAGGAGCCUUUGGCUUUCCGAUGGAUCCAUGGGCUUUGGUCAAGAGAGUGAUGUAGCUUUUUCUGAGGGUGAUACGAUAUACGGCCGUGUCAUGGUGGAUCCUGUGCAGAAUCUGGGGGAUUCUUUCUUCUGUAGUAUUGAGAAGGUGUUCCUCUGUACUGGUGCUGAUGGAUAUGUACCGAAGUAUAACCCGACCAAGUUUGAAUUUGGCUGUCUGGCUGACUCCCCAUCACUGCUUUACAGAUUCAAGAUUCUUGACAAGGCUCAACCAGAGACUCAGGCACGUAUGUUCGGUGAUGUCAGUUUUAAUGCUGUACUUGCAGUCGAUGAUCCGUUAGCUUUGUCUCUGGUUAGACAACCAGGGUCUGAUGGCUUCAGACUGGAUUCUACAGCUAUGUUCCAGGUUGCUGCAGGCCGUGAAUGGUACAUACACACUAUUUACACAGUUCGUUCCAAAGAGAAUGCUAACAGAGGCAUUGGGAAGCGCAGCCUAGAGUACCACUCUUUUGUUUCAACAAGCAACAGCCUUAUAAUGAAAGACCAUCGCUGGAGGAGGUCAGCUGCUGAUAAAAUCCCAGUGAUCGCUGAAAAUAUCGGAAUAGACAGUAAUCGUGGUACCAACAUUAUGCACAUCGCCUUGGACCGCAGCAAACGGAGGUCAGGCGGGUCAAAUGAGCUGUUGGCUGGUCGGCUGGAACCAAGUGGGCUCAAUGCAGAGGAGGAAGAGGAAGGUCUGGUGACUGUGGUAGGGGCACUGGUGGGUCUGCUGCUGACUGUCCUGAUUAUUGUCACCAUUGCACUGGUGGUGAGAGCCAGACAAAGGGAUGGAAAGGAGGGAUGGAGAGAUGGGGUGCAGGAGGUGGUGAAGGGAUCUGUGAGUACUGAGCCCAUGUUGGUGGUGAGGAUGCAAGACUGCCACAAUAGCUCAGAGGUUUGAGCAAUGAAUGCAUGGAUGGACAUGUGGGACAUGUGAGGUUUUUUUUUAUAAUUUUGGGGGAUUUUCUUUUUUUUUUAACUGGUAUUAAAUUGAUUUCAUAACACCAAAAAUUAAUAUUCAUCAAAUGUGUUGUUAAGUACGCCUGGUAUUGGUUGUAAUUGUAACAUAUUAAAUUCAUUCAAGAGCAAACGGCACAACAUUUUUAAUUACUGUUUUUAUUUAUCAUUCCAUGUGCUGCUAGUUGUAGUUC